AUGACAAGGGAUGUGCAGCAUGCCAUCUUCGCCAACAUGCUGGGCAUAUCACUUGUCUUGCUUCUGCCUUCUAUCACUGUGUGGCAGGCAGUAAACAACCCCAAGAAGCAGGAAUAA